AUGCAUGACUCAUCCAAGUCCGCAAUCAAUAGGAAAGAGAAGCGGCAAACAGUUCGCGCAGCGAAUUCAACCGAGAAAAAACGAGCACCUGAAGCUGGCCUCAUAAUUGGCGGAAGACGAUCGAUUGGAAUGGAGCUGUUUAUACGAUAUGGCCUAGGAGUCAGUUUGAUAGGAAAAGGGCUCGUUUCCCAGGUUGAAAACGAUGCAUCUGUACACACGCCAAAAUCGCGCGUACCCAACCACUGUAGAUCUCUGAUUCUGCCUUACGUCAGACACUUAAAGGAGCAAGCGGUGCUGACGAGAAGUGUCAGUCUUGAGCAUAUUUGA